GGUGGCGGUAGGAAAAUGGCAGCGGCCGGAGGCAGCGCGGGGCGUUCGGCGGCCGCCGCUGCGGCGCGGCUCCCGCUCUCGGCGUGGCUGCUGGCCGCGGCGUUGAGCGCCGUGACGGUAUCAGCAGUAGAGGUCAAGACACCAGAGGAGAUGUUUGUGGAGAAUGGGACAGACGCAAAGCUUCCGUGCACAUUUACAUCUGUGGAAGUGAUCAGCAGUGCAGCUUCUGUUUCUUGGAGCUUUCAACCAGAGGGAGCAGCAACUCCUAUCUCAUUUUUCUAUUACUUUAAUGGAAAGCCAUACCCUGGAAAGGACAUACCAUUUAAAGACAGGAUCACUUGGGCUGGAGAUCUUAACAAGAAAGAUGCUUCUAUCAGUAUAGCAAACAUGCAGUUCCGGGACAAUGGCACUUAUAUUUGUGAUGUGAAGAACCCACCUGACAUCGUUGUCAAGCCAGGUGAAAUCCGACUUAGAGUUGUGGAGAAAGACAGCCUGCCAGCGUUCCCCAUUGCCAUGGUGGCAGGGAUAGCCAUCGGUACAGUUACAGGUGUCUCACUGCUCAUCUCUAUUGUCGUGUGUCUUGUCGUGAGAAAGAACAACUCUAAAAAACGUUACUCUGGCUGCAGUACCUCUGAGAGUUUGAUGUCACCGGUUAAGCAGGCUCCGCAGAAGUCACCCUCUGACACAGAGGGUCUGGUAAACAGCGUGCCCGCCAGAUCACAUCAGGGCCCAGUCAUUUAUGCGCAGUUAGAUCACUCCGGAGGACAGCACAGCGACAAGAUUAACAAGUCAGAGUCUGUGGUCUAUGCUGACAUUCGGAAGAACUGAGAGGAGAUCCUAACUUAUCCAAAGCAAAACACACAUUCAGACUGGAAUUGCUUGAACAAAAUUUGACCCAGAGAACUCACAUGUGGCCUUUGAUGCCUAGGCUAGGACCAAUGCAUGUGCAUACAGAGGGAAAGAUAUAUAUGUAUUGUGUGUAAAUAGUCUAUUUAAUCGUACAGAAGUGAGACCAGUGUUGCAUGUUGAAAUGCGGUAAGAAUUCUGCUUAUAAAUUGCCAAUAUUCUUUUUUUGUAUCUUGUAUGACGAGAGAGAAAGUGAAAACUCGCAUCACAAUUUUUAAAUAUUUUUAUCUUGAUUAUUAAUGAAGAAACUGGAAGAUGCCUGAAGAUUCUAGAUUGACCUGGAGAUUCUUUUUUUUUGCUUAUGGAGCCUUUUUUUUUUUUUUUUUUUUUUUUUUGAUGAGGAACCUUUACAGGGCAUUCAUUUUUCCUUGGUCAGAAUCUCACUACAAAUUUUAUAUAAACUAGACAUUUUCACUCAAUCUGGUAAGCCAAGCUGUGACUUCUAGCUGUCAGAGAUUUUGUGUCAUACUGUUGUGAGUGAAGGAAACUUUUAGGCCUACCUGACCUAUAUAACACAGUCACGGAAUUGUUUACUGCUGUAUUGAGCCCAUAUACUCAAGCCGAGUCCUUUAAGAUACAGGGAUAGUGUUGGUCUAUCAGAUUUGUGAAGUGGUAGUUUACUUGUAAAAACUUCAGAGCUGGUGAGUUAAAGGGAUAGGAAGCUAUAGCUCUGUGUGACUGCCUCAGAUUCCAUUGAACCUUUCAAUUAAAUAUUUCUUCUGUGAAACUCUGUCAUUUCAUGUAAGCACAAAAAAGGACUCCAGGGGAUCUUGAAGUUACUCUGUCCCCUCAGCUCUCCCUCUUGGCUCCAUUGUACCUCUGUCACUUCUUUAGAGAUGGUUUUUCUAUCCCUGAAAAUCUUUAAUGGAGGCAGAAUGACCUGUGGAGGCAAUCUAGGGUUUCACCUUUCCUCUCUUCUUCUCCUCUCCUCUCCUCUCCUCUCCUCUCCUCUCCUGUCCUGUCCUGUCCUGUCCUCUAGUGUUGCCUGUCUUUGCACAGAGGAUGUGGAGGACAGUUUAUUUCCUUCCACUUUGCAAGCCGAUUACUUGAGCAUUAUUUCCCAGCUUCUUGUUUCUAGAAUACACUCCUCAUAGAUUGUUACAGAUUUCUAUCAUUCCUUUCUGCUGAAGAGGAUCUUUCUUUAGCUGGUCCAUUUGUAUCCUGAAAUCUGGUGCUGAAAACUAGAAAUGGCAUUCUAGCUGAGGUCUUACCAGAGUAGUGUAUAGCAGAAAGAUUUCUGUUUUGUACAUCCUAAUGCGAUGUUGGCUUUUCUGUAGCAGUAAGUCAUGUUCAGUUUGAUUGCUGUAGCCCCUUCUCACUGGUUCUUACUAUUUCCUAGUGCGAUCUGUUUGUCUCUGCUGAAAUUCUGUUACAGCUUUUUCAGACCUCAUCUUUGACUUGUCAGAAGAAAAUUUUCUUUGAAUUCUCAUCCUGUCCUCCAGUGAGCCUGCAACACUCUUUAGCUUGAUAUCUGCAAACUUUAGCUUGCAUUCCACGGUGUCGUCAAGUAAUUUGAAAAAUAUUUAGUUUAGGCCCAUGGCAAACCCUUUUGGAAAUGCUUUAGACAAUUUGACAGUGAAACUUUACUUGUGAUAAUGAAAACUUUGAUAACUAUUUUGAGUAAAGUGCAUUUUUUCCCAAUGAAGUUGGGUACACCAACUGUAUAUUACUUUGUCAGGAUCACACUUUGUUUUCUGACAAUACCUGCCUUUGUUAGAAGCCUGACUAAAAUCAGGAUGAGUCCUGCUGCUGCUUUCCCUGUCUGGCAGGCUGCUACUCCCUAGUAUGUUUUACACUUAGCAGGAAACAGAAGCUUUUGAGAUGGUUGAUUGAAAAACUUCAUUUUGGUCCGCACAGUCUUUCUCUCCUGAUAUUUUGGAGUAAGGGAAAUGUGAUGAACUGAACCAUUAAAAACCUGCUGCUAUGAGAAGAUAGGGCUGGCCUUGGCUCUGCUGUUUUCUGUUACUAAUGUUCUCUUAUGCUGGAAUAUACUGGAAAAUCUGAGCACAAUCCUGUUACUUCUGGUGCUGACUUUAGGAAACAUCUUUCAUUACUUUUGAUUAGCUACAGGUACAUGAAUAUAGCCUGUACUGAGAAGGCUCAUUGCAAGGCUCUUUGUGUCCUCUCUGUGAAGGCAGAAUAAACUAGGUAGUAUUUUUUUAAAAUGCUGGACUCCUUUUUAGAAAGAAACCAACUUUCUUACUCCCAGGAAUAUCAGACCUCAGUCUUAAUCCUUCUGUAGUCUGAAGGAUGUUGAAUUCAUUUUUUUCAUGGAAACAUGAACAAUGUUGCUUGACUAGAAUAGACAGCUUUUACAACACAGCUGUUAAAAUAACUUAUUCAGAUUUAAGUCAAAAGAACUUGAGGCAAUAUCUGACUAAAACUGUUGUGAACUUCCUGUUCCUCUGGAUGCUUUACCUUUUUUUAAUCAGAAAUGGUAACCCAAAAAGGGACUGAUGCUAAGUUGAUUAGCAAGGUCUCAUGUGAUAGAGGACUUCUACUUCUUGAUAGGUAGCAGACUGAGAUUAAAGCCAGACUGUGUUGUCAGAUCCUGGUGUUAUGGCUGACCAGAAACUUAAUUCUGUUUUCUGUGCUGCUAUCCUGCUAUCCUCUUAAUCCCUGUUGCUGUUUUUUGUAUAUGGAAAGGAACAGCUUGGGCUUUGAGGAAUGUUAUUUGUGCCAUCCUUGUCCUGCUACAAUACUGCUACUGGCUCCUUUAAAGAUCAUGUUUUACUGAAAAAAAAAAAAAAAAAAAGUGCAGCUGGCAGGCUUGCUGAAGCACAGCUGAGCAGCAGAUAGCCUCCCUUGAGGAAGUAACAAAUGAUGAAACUGUUAAAGUGAGCAGGUGAGCAGUAACUUGGAUAAUGGAGUUGGGGAGGAUCUGUGUGACAUAAAGGAUUUACAGUGAAUUCUUUAUUUGUCAUUCAGGUUUUAAUGCACAGUGACACUAAACUAGCAUCAAUCUCAAAUGUGUUUUUCUGCUGUGAGGAUAAAGGUCAUUUACAUGUAAAGCAGACCUUGCAGUCAUUGUAAGAGUGCUGUUUUGGAUUGUCACCUUGGGCUCUGGCUGCUAAGCCAACUUGCACCCCCUAGAGACAGCAAUAUAGAUAUUCAUCUUGGCCUGUCUUCUCCCUUCUAGAUGGAAAAAAAGUUUUACCUUUGUACUGACAGCGGAUAUACUCUUCCCUAUUGUUGAUUACCAGAAAAUGAUGAAAUGAACCAUAAGGUGAGAAUCUGAGUAAGUCAGCAGUAAAUCAGUACAUCAAAUCUCCAUUGCCCCUUCUGAAUUCAGCAGUUGUUCUGUAGAGGAGGUGGUCAGCAUGUUCAUUAAAUAGCAUUAAGAACCAUUACAGGGUAGCAGAUCUGUCCCUGUAACUAAUUGCAUGACAUGUCAUUUCUAACUGGACACCUGUAGGGUUUUGUUUUCUCUCAAAGCUUUUGUGCUAUUUCAGUUUGUGACUAGAAAAACUGGAAUUAGGUUUUAAAACUUUUUUAAAUCUGUGAGAACUGUUUAGGUAACCAUCUGUCUUGUAACUGCAGUAAAUGUGCAUAUGCAACUUAGAAGCUGCUUUCCCUUAGAGUAGAUUCACUGAGGUAAAUUGUGGGCUGUUUGAUUUAUAACCAAAAUACCCUCAGUCUGUUUUGAAAGCUUGUUUUGGAAUUUUACAUCAUUCAUUUAUCAGCCUAGGACCUCAAAUACAAAAUGUUCUUAUUGUGUACUAGGUGACACUGUUUUUAAAACUGUCAAGGUGAGGUAGGUAACAUUCUGUGGCCACACACACCCCUGUGGUGCUAAUAUUUAGGUAACAUUUUAUAUGGGAGACUACAAAAUCAUAAUAUCAACUAUGCUCAGCAAUUAUGCUCUUUGAGGCUUCUCUUUCCCUUCUCUUUACUAGCUGAUGAGUCCUUUUAUUUAAAGGUAUUUUUGCACUCUCUAAAAUGUAAGCUCAAUGCCUUUUGAGAUCAGUGUGCUGUGCAAUCUUUCUGUCUCCCUACAAAGCCAGCUGCUUUAUGUGGUAAAUGUAAUAGGAAACAGAUAGACCAGAUACUUUUCUUUUUGUAAACCUCUAUCUUGGAGGUAUGCAAGAGAACAAACACCUAUAAGAUGGGUGUAUAAUCUGUAUGAGGGAGCUAGAGAUGCAUUGCAUGGCCUGAUUACACAUAAAGUGCCCGUGUAGCAACUGUUUGUGCUUUUGCUUUUACAGAGUCAUCUCAAAACAGUCAUCAUGGAUAUUUUUUCUUGAAUUGACUUUCAUGUUUUCUAUUGUAAUCUUGUCAAUAUUUUAAUACACUCUUUUCCCAUUGCUGGUUUACUGGAUAAGUCUCAUCUGGUUAGGGACUGCAAAGGGAGGGGGACCCUCUGUCUUCCUGACAGUAUUCUUGCUAUGGUCACUGUCAGCUCAGCAAAUAACACACAGCUGGAGAGUUCACCAUUUGAAUUGUUACUCAGAAUUACCACUGAAGCUAAGAGAAUUAAGAAAUACAAGUGAAAUGACUUAAGGCUACCCUGAAAGUCUGUAGCAGAAACAGAAAAAUAAAGAGCAAGUUUCAUAGCAGGAUAACUUCUGGCAGAGUAUCUGGGACAUCUUACUAAUCAGAAACGUCUUGCCAGAAGAAAAAAAUACUUCUUUACUACUGCGCACAAAUACUUUGUACUGGAUAAGACAACACAGCAUUAUACAGAGGGUGAGAAGGAGAGGACUUCAGUGCCACAAGGUGCUGUAGCUCUUGUAACCGUAGAACAGUUUCCUCUCCUCACCACUAUUGUCAUGCCAUUAUUUGGUAACUCAAGAGGGACUGUGAGGAAAAGAGGGAAAAGAUUUAAUGAGAGGACAUGGCAAUACUCUAGUAUUUGACGGUAUCCAUUUUACUGAAUACUGAAGAGGCUAUUGUCCCUUGGCUGUCUUGCUCUUCUGAAUCUAAAGCUCCAAGCUCUGCUACUGACUUACUUCUGGCUUUGGUGGAAGGAGUCACUGUGACAGCAAGCCAGAUGAAGCUGAUGCCAUGUUCUAAGCACAACUGCCUUAUAUUUUUCAAUAACAGAUGGGCUCUUAUAGAGUAAUGUGUAGCCUUUGCUCUGAAGUUAUUUUGUACUGGCACAUUGUUCUCUGGAGUAAGCAGGGAAAGGUAUUGACUUUCAGGGAAAGCUUAUAUAUUCAUUCAUGAAUAUGCCACAGAUGGGAACAGACCACUGCUAUUUCCUUAAGAUGAUGGUGUUUGUUCUGAAGUAAGCAUUUUCUGAGUGUGCAUUUUCAUAGGAAGUGCACAUGUACUUAAGGAGAGGGUAAGUGAGUACUAGAAGUUUUGGCUGUUUACUUUUCACAUUCCCAAAAGCAAGGUUCUUAGGUAUGCCCUUUUCUGCCUGUAGUUGCAGAGGAUGACAGUACCUAAAACACCACUGGACACAUACAUGCUAGCCCUGUUCUUGCCAAAGAUUCUGGUAGCUGGGAAACAAAUUAAUGCACACAGCUGAAGCUGAAGAGAGUAUCCUUUAAAUACCAAGGAAAAGCAGCAGGAAAUAAUAUGCAGAUGCCACUGGUUAUUGGAAGUAUGGUAAAACCCCACGCCGGUCUCACAGAAUCACAGAACAGUUGAGGUUGGAAGGCACCUCUUGAGAUCUAGUCCAACUCCCCCCCUGCUCAAGCAGGGUCACUUAGAGCAUGUUAGACACCAUCGCUUCCAGGUGGGUUUUGACUGUCUCCAGAGAAGGAGACUCCACAACCUCUCUGGGCAACCUGUGCCAGUGCGUGGUCACUCUCACAGUAAAGAGGUUCUUCCUCAUAUUCAGGCAGAACUUCCUAUGUUUCAGUUUGUGCCCAUUGCCUCUUGUCACUUGCCUGACUCUUUUCAGUGGUGCCCAGCCACUGGACAGGACACACUGUGACAUGGAACACUUCAGUCUGAGGUUCUGGUUUACUGUCACCAACAUCGUGCUAUUCCUGGCACUGUUCAGUAGAACCAGCUAAGGUAAUAAAAGAAACAGACAGUGGAAUGUGUUUUGUAAAGAUGCAAUACAACUUCCCUACACAGGACAGCAAUACAACUUCCCAACACAGGACAUGCAAGUUUACUUAAAUUUAAAAGGUUGCACUUUAAUUAAAUGCAUAGAGUUACUUUGUUAUUUGCACUUAGAAAACUCUUGCUCUUCAGAUAUUUAGAUUUCCUCUUUCAUUACUUAGAGGAAAAUAUUAAAAUUAGUGACGCUAGGUCCCACUGGGAAGGGUUUGUGUGUAGCUGGGUUUGGGCUGUAGGGUUAAGCAUCCUUUUGUGGCAACUGCUCUUGUUGUUUUGCUUUUAGCUCCCGAUUAUACCUAAAGAGAAAAAAAAAAUCCAACUAAGAAUACUGAUUAAAAUUAUAACAGGUGUCUUCACAACAACCUAGUUGGCAAAGGAGGUUCAAAAUUACAGCAGGCUUGAAGGUCAAAACUCAGGAUAAGCUAGCUUAUGUAAAAAGCUCUCAAUUAGUUGCUAAGUUUUACCUCUUUCCUGGCCAGUAUUGAAAAAACUCAGAGAGGUCCAAAUUUGCCUUCAAGAAAGAACUGUUUUUCAGAUGCUGCUUUGCUAAUGGACCUUUCGAUGGUCCAGCAAUGGCAACAUUCAACAUUGAUUGAUAGAAAGCCCAAACUUUCUCCCAUGCCUAAGCUUUGCACUGCUGUCAGUUUUUAAUUCAGACAUACUGCUUUUAAAGAAUGGGUUAAACCCAGACACUGCAGCUUAAGUAGAACAUUCCUUAAGACAUGCUGUAGUUAUACUGAAGGUGCUGGGAAGCUUCACCGCUACUAAGCUGGGAGAGUAACACGGUAGUACAAAAGAUCUGCAUUAUUUAAUUGCCAAGUUUCUCUUGCAUGUUACACUGCCAGCAAGGCCAGGGGGAUUUUUAAGUUUCUGAUUAAGAUUAGGUAAUAUGAGAGCUUAUUUAAAUACCAAGUGGAGAGUAGCCCUUAUUAUAUACCUCCAUAUUCGGAAGAGUUGAGAACCACCAGCGCAGCCAACAAAGAAGUUCACAGCAAACAGGCUCCAGUUUUUAGGAAUAAUAACUAGAGAGUACCUUGACCAAAUAAGGCCUGUUGGAAAAACAGGAAAAAACAAAAGUUUAAAUAUCUAACUUGAGUAAUUUUUAAACAUUCCUUUAAGUUUAGAGAUAGAACCAUGGGCUAGUUUAACUUUUACAGUUGUGUUAGACAACUGCUUUUCUAAAGCAAUUGCUGUUUCUCAGUUAGAAACACAUUAAACAGCAGUGGGAGAGCUAUUGGUAUGUAUUACCUUUUUUCAGAAUAAUGCAACUAGACAAUACCUUCAGUCAUAGUCUUAAUAUCAAAUAAAGAUCCUUGUGUACUCUACAA